GGAAUGCCCUUAGAGGGUUGUAGUUGCUUGAUGUGAAAUCCAGGAUUUCCUGAAUUUUAUUGUGUAGGGGUCCAGUGGUACAUGGUGAUUUUAAGGGUUAAUAGUAGUAGUCAUUGGUGCGUAUAUAUUAGGCUGUAUUCAUAACAGACUGUGAUUUGACAGAUUCCACCCCUUACAGUCUACAACAGUGGCCAAUAGGAACAACAGAAGAGAAUCCAAGAAAACUGAGGUACACAAUGAAUGUGAAACUCUAUUCCAGCCUUUUGGUAGUCUUCAUGACUGAUGCUGUGUGGACACAGAGUAUCACAACAAUGGAGUAUGAUGAUCCAUAUGACUGGUCUUACUACAGCUUUGAGUGUCCCCAAGAAUGCUUUUGCCCUCCUAGUUUCCCAAAUGCCUUAUACUGUGAUAACAAGGAACUUAAAGCAAUACCCAUCAUCCCAGCAAGAAUUCGGUACCUCUAUCUCCAAAACAAUCUCAUUGACACUGUCACAGAGAAGUCUUUUGUGAAUGCCACUCAGCUAAAAUGGAUAAAUCUCAACAAGAACAAAAUUACUAGUAGUGGAAUUGUGAAAGGUGUAUUCAGCAAGCUUAAAGGUCUCUUGUACUUGUUCCUUGAACACAAUGAGCUAGAAGAGGUGCCUGCUCCACUGCCCACAAGCUUAGAACAGCUACGUUUGGCAGGGAACAAAAUCACAACAAUCCCUGAAGGAGCCUUCAGUAAUCUAGAGAACCUCACUAUGUUAGAUCUGCAUCACAAUAAGCUGCUGGACAGUACGCUUUCAAGCACCACCUUUCAAGGACUGAAGAAUCUCAUGCAACUCAACAUUGCUCAAAACUCACUUACUCAAAUGCCACCAAUCCUUCCGGGAAAUGUUGUGCAGCUUUUUUUGGACAAUAACUCCAUUGAAGCAAUACCAGAACAUUACUUUGAUACAAUGCUGAAGCUGAUUUUCCUUCGCCUGAAUAACAAUAAGUUAACCAAUGAAGGGCUGCCAAACAGGAUCUUUAAUAUUUCAUCUCUUCUUGAUCUUCAGCUAUCUUACAAUGCUCUGACCAGAAUCCCAGCUAUCACUGUUCACCUUGAGCACCUUCAUCUUGAUAACAACAAGAUCAGCAGUGUUAAUGGAACUCAAGUGUGUCCAAUUCCUAUACCAGGAGACUAUGUCAAUGAAAGAAACCUGCCACGCCUCCGCUACCUCCGCCUGGAUGGCAAUGAAAUCAAGCCCCCAAUCCCAUUUGAUCUUAUGCUUUGCUUCCGACUCCUUCAGGCUGUUGUUAUCUAAGGACAGCAUACUCUCAUAGUUGUGUCAUUGACAGUUAUCAAGUUUUGCUGGCAUUAAACUUGCUAUCCUUUUCA